CCGCCUGGGCUGCUAAGAGAGGAAGCCGGCAACAGCGAAGCAGCAGCCAGCCAAGGAAGAGGUGGAGGGUGGUCGGGUCGGGUGAGCGUCAGCCGAACCAGCUGGGGACGACCUCCUCUCUCGACCCCGCCUCCUCUUCGCGCCCUCGGGAGCCGCGCCCAAGCGACAGCUCCUGCGCUCGAUCAUUGCCGUCUGCGGCUGAUUUCGACAGCGAUGGACCACGAACCCGGCACUAAGGAGCCCGACGAUGCUGACGGCCCUUACGGGACACCACAGAAAUAUGACCCAACAUUCAAAGGCCCGAUUUAUGACAGGAGCUGUACAGACAUCAUCUGCUGCAUCUUGCUCCUGGUUGCGAUUGUGGGCUAUGUUGUCGUGGGAGUUGUGGCAUGGACACAGGGAGACCCCAGGAAGGUGAUCUAUCCAACAGACAGUCGUGGGCAGUUCUGUGGCCAGAAGGGUACACCCAAUGAGAAUAAGCCUUUCUUGUUCUACUUCAACAUCAUGAAAUGUGCCAGCCCUUUGGUGCUUCUGGAGUUCCAGUGUCCCACCACACAGAUAUGUGUGGAGAAAUGCCCAGAUCAGUACCUCACUUAUCUGCAGGCCUAUACAAGUGACCCCACAGCCACCAAGGAACUUUUAUACUACAAACAGUUUUGUGUCCCGGAAUUUAAUAAUCUGCGAAAGAGCGCACCUGAAGUUUUGAAAGAUGGAGACUGCCCAGCCAUGCUCACUCCAAGCAAGCCCUUGGCUCGCAGAUGUUUGCCUGCAAUCACCACUAAGAAAGGGAUCAUCUUGGUUGGAAAUGCAACAACUUUUAAUGAUGGACGUGGACAGGAGAAAAGGAAUGUGACUGAUCUUGUGGAAGGGGCCAAAAAAGCAAAUGUGGUCCUUGAGGCACGACAAGUUGCUAUGAAGAUCUUUGAAGAUUAUACCGUUUCCUGGUACUGGAUAAUCAUAGGUCUGGUGAUUGCUAUGGUGGUCAGUCUCAUCUUUAUUGUUCUGCUCCGGUUCCUGGCAGGGAUCAUGGUCUGGGUGAUGAUUGUGCUGGUAAUCCUGGUGCUCGGAUAUGGAAUCUUUCAUUGCUACAUGGAAUAUGCCUAUCUGAAAGGACAAGCUGGGUCCGACGUCUCUCUGAAGGACCUUGGGUUCCAGACAGAUCUCCGUGUCUAUCUCCACCUGAAGCAAACCUGGCUGGCUUUCAUGAUCAUCUUGUGCAUUGUGGAAGUUAUCAUCAUCCUUUUGCUCAUUUUCUUGCGCAAGAGGAUCCUCAUUGCUAUUGCAUUGAUCAAGGAAGCCAGCAGGGCCAUUGGUUACAUCAUGACAUCCCUGCUGUUUCCCCUCUGCACGUUCUUCCUGGUGUGUCUCUGCAUUGCUUACUGGGCCAGCACGGCUGUUUUCUUGUCUACAUCUAAUGAAGCAGUCUACAAAGUGUUUAACGAGACUCAGUGCACUUAUGCUGGGAUUACCUGCGACCCAGAGAACUUCAAUACUUCCAGUGUCACCAAGCAGUGCCCAGAUGCCCGUUGCCUCUUUGCCUUCUAUGGUGGUGAGACCGCCUACCACAAAUACCUCAUAAUCUUCCAGAUCUACAAUGCCUUCAUGUUCUUCUGGCUGGCCAACUUUGUCAUUGCCUUGGGCCAGGUCACACUGGCUGGGGCCUUUGCUUCCUAUUAUUGGGCCUUUACGAAACCUGAUGAUAUGCCAGCAUUUCCCCUCUUCUCUUCCUUCGGGCGAGCACUCAGGUAUCACACUGGCUCUCUGGCUUUUGGGUCUCUGAUUCUUGCUAUUGUACAGAUCAUUCGAGUAAUUCUGGAGUACUUGGAUCAUAGGCUAAAAGCUGCCGAGAAUAAAUUUGCCAAGUUCCUCUUGAUGUGUCUCAAGUGCUGCUUCUGGUGCCUGGAGAAGUUCAUCAAGUUUUUGAACAGGAAUGCAUACAUUAUGAUUGCCAUUUAUGGCACCAACUUCUGCACUUCUGCAAGGAAUGCAUUUUUCCUACUCAUGAGGAAUAUAAUCAGGGUUGCUGUCCUGGAUAAAGUCACUGACUUCCUUCUUUUCCUUGGCAAGCUCUUGAUUGUAGGAAGUGUCGGCAUACUUGCCUUCUUCUUUUUCACCCAGAAGAUAAAAGUGGUUCAAGACACAGCUCCUCCCCUCAACUAUUACUGGGUCCCCAUUCUGACGGUGAUUGUGGGCUCCUACCUCAUUGCACAUGGUUUCUUCAGUGUGUAUGCCAUGUGUGUGGACACACUCUUCCUCUGCUUUUGCGAAGAUCUGGAAAGGAACGACGGAUCUCCUGAGCGGCCUUAUUACAUGUCCCCUGCACUGAGUGAAAUCCUGCUGAAAGGAAGCCUAGAAUCUUCCAAAAGUGCUGAGAGCCAAGAAUAGGGACAAGUGCUUGAAGUUGUAAGGGCACAUGCAGGUGUCCCACUGCAAGCCUUGUGCACACCUGGCUGAUUGGUGUGCAAGGUGCUCUUCUGCAUGGCUGCUCGGUGCUCCAUUGCAAAACUUCUCACUUUGAUGUCCAGGGAAGUUGGGGGCGCUUGUGGUGUUUGCACUGAGCAAAUGAAAGGUUGUACUAUCUAACCUGCCUUAACCCAGCAGAUAUCCCAACACCAAAAUAGUGGAGCUAAAAAUGGAAGAUUAAUGGUGUUGGAAAUGGUUCCACUUCUCCACUGUUGCACCAUGUGGGGUGGUUUUCUGUUCUGUCAAAGUACUAUCUCUAUAACGAGAAUGGUUAUUGCAACAGAGCUACAUAUGCAAGAUAACACAUACAUAGAGCACCGCAGUAUAAAAAGGGUGGUGUAUAUUUACAUGAUAUACAUAUCAGAUACUUUCUAGCUCCUUUCCCCUCUUGGAUGAGGCAGAUGCUUCUCUUGGUUGACUUGUUAAUUUCAAGAGUGGUUGCUGCAUGGCUCCAGAGAGAGGCAGAUCCAGAAUUAUUGGGAUGAUAUCCCUUUUAUUUGAGCUACCUGUGUGGGUCAAGUUGGGUCUGGUUAGGUCACAAGUUUCAAGUUGCAGAGGACUUCCUUUGGACAGAAAUGGCGGUGGGGAAUUGCAGUUCAAGAAGCUGAAUAAGCAUCCAAGGGGAUUAUAUUACACUGUCUAACUUUUCUUGUCUUAGUGCCCAUCCCACUUCUGAAAUUCCAGUUUAUGAAUGCUUUUUUAUAUAUGGACUUGCAAAUCUAUUCAGCCAAAGUCAUUCUUCCCAAUAGAUAUGAGUUUAUUUACUUGAAGGCCAUCUGUUUAAUCUUCAUUUAAUAUUUCCUUAUUUGUGUAUAAAGAAAUGUUCUGUAAGACCUGGAAGUUUGCUGUCCUACUCUUGACAACCCCUUUUACUCAAUUAUCUUGAAGCUCUAGCAUGCUAUUGCGAAUGUAGCUGCUUGCAGAUGAAUCUGAUCUAAAUACAGCAACAUUUGCUUCUUUAUAGCUUCUAUAAAACUUGCUUUGAUGCAGAAAGAAAUUAUUUUGUUUCAUGGCUCUCCUUAUAGACUAUGGCCUCAAAUCAACAUACAUUUAGGUGUACCUGUUGAAAGACAUACAUUUUAGCAUGCCUAACAUUGUGUUGCACUGCGAUCAGCAUGCAGCUUUGAGAUUCCCAGUGCAAGUCUGUGCAAAGUUGUGGUUUUACUCAAAAAUCAAUAACUAGCAAGGAUCCUGGAAAUCUGGUAAUGGAUAUUGUGCGUGUCUCCCCCCUCCCCCCCCAAGAAAGCUCUUAAUUUUCAUUUUCAAAAUAUACUUUAUUUUUUCAGUAGUACUUAAAGCUAGGGAUUGCAACAUUUUGUCACUCCUGCUUUACAAAUAGUUUACCCUAUAGUCUGGUCAAAUUUAUUCUCCAUGUUUUGCACCAAUCAGUUCUGCACCCCAAAACAAAUUAUGCAGAACAACAAUGUAUGCAGGUUGGAUCCAUUACUAUUGCUAUUAUUUAUAUACUGCUUUUAAACAACAACAAAAGUUAUCAAAGCAGUUUACACAGAAGAAGGCGGCUUCCUGUCCCCAAAGGGCUCAGGAUCUAAGAAACAAAAGGGAAAUGCCAGCAACAGCCACUAGAAGGAGGCUGUGGUGGAGCUGAACAGAGCCAGUUGCUCUCUCCCUGCUAAAUAUAAGAGAAUCAACAGUUUGAAGGUGUCUCUUUGCCUUGUAAGCAGGGGACCUAAAUUUGCCAGCCUCAUUCUGGAACUAGAGUGUUUUCUAUUUGAAGGUGGGGGUGACAAGCAAUGGUGAGUUUGCUGCAGGAAGAGGGGGAUAGGUGGAAGCUGGGAGUUGUGUGGGACAGGUGGCAUGCUGGAGGUCAGGAAGGAAAACAAGCCAGGUAGAAUAAUGUGGUUAUGAAUCAGCUGGUUUUCCUGGAAGCAGUUAGUGCUUUCUGCAUCUUGCCCCAGGUGGUGUCAAAAGUUCCAGGUUUUGUAGUGGUAAUAACUUCUUUGCAGUGUACCUCAUGAUGCUCCUUGGGCAUCAUGAGUUUGCCAUUUUAAGUGGUAAACUGAGGGAAUUUACUUGCAAAAAGAUGCACAAGUUUGCUGCUUGCAAUGCCAAGUUGGGAAUCCACUCCAUAAGAAAAUAUUUUAAUUGUCUCUUGUUCAUUCUUUUCCCUCAUUGCUGUUAUUGGCACAAGUGGCUCAAAAUCAGGACUACACAACUUUGGACCUCCAACUAUUGUUGGACUACAACUCCCAUCAUCCCUUGCUGCAAGGAAUGGGAGAUGUAGUCCAACAUCUACAAGAGCACCAAAGUUUGUGUGGCCCUGCUCUAAGUAGACCUCAACAAACAACCAGUGGUGAUUUCCAUCACCAUGAGGGCUGAAAAGUUCCUUUUUCAAAAUGAAAUUGGAUAUUUUAAAUCCAAAUGCUACUAUAUGUAGCAUUUCAUGAAACCAGUGGCCCUGCCUAGCAAAUUCUGAGGCUGGGGAUGAAGUGUGUGUGUUUUUAAAGAGUACUGAAAUGGCUUUGAGAAGUUUUGCUUCCUGUUAUAUAUGCACGUUUCUUUUGUCCCACUUAUUGCCUCUGGUCAAACAGGUGUUUAAAUGAUAACAAAACACUGCAAAUCCUGUUUACUAGAGGUAGAAUACUACAAGUGUCAAUUCAAAACUGCCUUCAACUCUCUGAAAACCCAUCGUCUGGCUUGAGCCUUCAAGCUUUGUUCGUUGGCUUGAGCCUGCAAGGAAUAUGAAGACGGGCCUUAGUUAUUGUGGGGCUUCUGUUGAACAGUUUAUUUUCUUUUGAGCAACUGUAUUGGGCCCAAGGUCAGCUUAUGUUGCUUAUCUUAUCUUAUGUUACAAAGGGCCUCAUACCCUCAAGACCACUUUGGAUGCUGUUUGCAAGUGUGUGUAGGGAAGUGGUCAGCAAAAAUCUGCAAAGGUACAUCUUUGUAAUGACGAGUUAAAUUGAGAUCUGAGAUACAUCCUGCGGAAGGGCCAGGCUAGUCUCUGCCAUUUGCACAUUUGACUUACUCCAGUCAAAGACUUCCUUAUCACAAGAUGCAUAUUAUUUCUUUACAAACAAGUAGGGAAACGAUAAUGCUUGAAGAAGUUUAGUAUAAGAGAGACUAGUAAUGUGCAAAAAGAAAAAGACUAGUAAAUUAAAGCAUCCAUAAUGUCAGGGCUGGCUCCAGAUUUCAAGAGGGUCUUGUAACCUCCAUCUACUUGGAGAUUUCAAGUAGCCUCCAUCGACUUGGGUUGGCCCCUGAGAGUUGCUCUGACCACCAUAUAAAAGCUAUGGCCACAGAGGUGGGUUUAGGGAUGCAAAACUUGCUUAAUAUAACCAACACUGCUCUCAUGGACAAUGGCAUACCACAUCUCCAACUUCUCUACUUGAUUCUUCAGAGGGGGAAAAUAUCUUCAUUGCUACCCCUUGUGAAAAUAAAAAGGGCUCAGAGAAAGACUUGUGCCUAGUGUUCCCACUAACAGAAAUUCCUUGACUACAACUCCCAGCAUGCUCAGCCAAACUCCACUGCAGCUAGGGAUUCUGGGAGCUGUAGUCAACAACAUCUGGGAUUCCCUCAUACAGGGAAACACUGUGCCUGCAUUUUAAACACACAAAUGGAAUCCUCUUCUCCACAAUCUCUGCUUCACUAGGGCCUUUAAGAAUUCUUAAACUUUGUGCCAUUGUAUUAAAUUCUAUCCCCCCCCAAAUGGGGAUAGUUUAUGCAAACCUGCUUACACAUAAAGGAGCUCAAGUGACUGCUUUAUUGUGGAUCAACACUUGAGUUGCACCCAGAGAACUGGGAUUCAAGCAGGGAGAAGCAGGAGACUGUGAGCUCACCACCUAUAUUUUUAAAGAUUCAUCAUGCUACACCUUGAGAAUGACAUGACCGAGCUCCUCCUCAUCCUGUCUCAAAAGGGCACAUGGUCCAUCUUCUAUUGCGACAGGAUGGAUACACAACCUGGUUAGAUCUUUGCCCAGCCUAGCAUGAAAAGCUUUCCAGUGGCAUGGCCUUUCUUGCUGGACAAUGGUAAGAGUUAACUAGCUGUUCUGAAUUCUCAUUCAGAAACCUGUACCUAUAGUGGAAUGCACUUGCUAACUUGGGAUGACACCCAGUCUCCACUACAGUUAAUGGUCAAGCCUCUCUUAAUUACCACAGGGUAGGGUUGCUACUAUUAUUUCUAAUUGCCUACCUGGUUCCAGUUUCAGAUUUCUGCUAUCUAGCAGUUCUGAGGCACCCUUUUCACACCUUUCCUGGGGGCGGGGUUGUCUCUCUUUGCAGUGGAAGACCUGGAGCGUAAUGAUGGCUCUACUGAAAAGCCUUACUUCAUGUCAUCUAAUCUGAGAAAGCUCUUGAAGAAGACUAACAAGCAGCAAACAGAUGCAUGAUUGGCUUCUGCUUUCUUGCCUCCAUGGGUAGCAAAUAGACACUCUGAGAAACAUACCUGAGCUUUGUCAAGCCAAGUUUUUGAAGACUGGCAUCUGUGGGGUUAAAAUGUUCUGUUUCCAUUUCCUAUGCCAGACAACAGUAACUUGCCCAGAUUUGGCAACUCUUGGUUUUCCUUUGCAGCCAUAAAUGAGCAAUUUGUGCUGCAGUAAUUGUAUCUUAGAGGUUAAGUGCAACAGAGCAAGUUGAGCAAGUGGGAAAUUUAACUCAAGCAAAGCCACCCAGCCCAGAACCUUCUGUCUGGAGUAGGUGGGCUUCUUGCUUACCAAUACAGACCCAGCAGUCUUUCUAGACCAGGGGUGUCAAACGCAAUCAGGUGGUGGGCUGGAUUUGAUUCUGAUGCUUCUCUGGAGGGCCACACAUAGCCUCAUGGCACCUUCUAUUGCCUCGCACCCACCUCAUGCUGCCUUCUGUCUUUUCCCUCCUACUCCCUCUUUCUCUCCCUUCCUCCCUCCCUCCCCCUGCCACUUACAUUAGCUAAAUGCACUGAUAUACAUCAGAAUAUGCUUUGGGAAAAUUUAAAUAUUUUUCUGCUAUUUUAAAAAGAAAUUCUGAAUAUCAUACUCCCUGAUAACCUACAGACAGCAAAUUCUACAUAUAUAAUCCUGCCACUGAAAUUAGCUGAAUGGACUACUUUUUACACCAGAAUUGUUUUUUGAAAGAAUUGUGAACCAUGAACAUUCUCAGAUUUAACACUUGGAUCAAUAAUGAAAGCAACAUCAUGCCCCAAGCAGAGCUCCUCUUUUCCCCUCUUACCCUUCCUCCUCCUCCGCCCUCUCUUGCCCAGAGAGAGCACCCCAUGCUCUCUUUUGAUUUUGUCAUACUCUUCUCCCUCUGUAUCUCCUACCUAGCGCUCCAUGCUGUAAGCCCGCUAUGAGUGGGGAAGACAGUGGUAGCAGUAGAAAAGGAAGCACUGGGUCCCGCACAGGGUGGUGGGAGAAUGAGACGACAGGCUGCCUCUUCAGCAGGUUGUUGGGGGGAGGGGGAGCAGCAGCGGCUGGUCACAUGGCUAGUCAGUGGAGCUCCAUGGGCCAGGGGCUUGACAUCCUGGGUCUAGACAAAUGAUCCACUGAGGCUGCAAUUCACUUUCUGGUUUUGCUCACUUUUUUCCAUCGGCACAGACAUCGUCUGAAUCAAAGAAUUCUAGUUUAACUGAUUUGUGGAUUGCAACCAAAGUUAAUGCAUUUUAAAAUUAACUCAGAUGUCUGAUCACCCUGGUGACUGUCAUUGCCAUUUUAAAUUUAUUGUGUCUCAUGGAAAAUUACUUCACUGUACAUCCUCAUACACUUCAGAUGGAUAUCUUAAACAUGAACUGUCCAAGGAAAGUUUUAAACCUGACCGAGUGGCUUCAUAAUGGCAGCUGUGAUAAUCAAAGCAGCAGCAUUUAGAUCAAUUGUGACCAGAAAGGCUUGGUUUUAGCAACCAUGGUUGUGGGGUUGCUGGUGAUGGAAAUCUUCUUUUAUAAUAACUCUGUUACUUUGUGAAUGGGGAUGGCUCAAAGUUGUUGCUGUGUUUGAGCUUAUACAAUUGUAGGGGAAAUUUGUAAAAUUGUUUACCAGGAAGAAAAAUUAAAACAAUAAAUUAACAUAAGUACCAAAUAUGAUAUAACCAAAUCUGAGGCAGAACCUAAAGGUUUGCAGAACGUAUCAGGUUUGCAGAAGAAAAUAACAGGAAUAGUUGGGGAAAGUUCCAGAUAGUGUGGUUGUACAUUAUAAAACAACUGGUAUCUCUCCAAAAGAAAAUGCUAUCUAUAUUUUAAAUUUGGCCAGUUUGGCUUUUAUUUUUGCUUUUUAUAUGCCUUUUAUACUCUCCUAUACAUCCCUGUAUCUUUCAAAAAAAGUUUAUAACUGAAAUAUUAAACACUUUGUUUUGUAA